AACACUUCUUUGACGAGACAGGCAAUAAUUACAUGGAAAGUAGCAGUUAGUCCCUUUAAUCCUGUCUGUACACUAAAUCCCUGCGACUCUCGAGUGAACCAAAUCUGAAGUUUCUGCUGCAGCCUGGAUUGUACUCUUGAAUUUAAGAAUAUAAAACCAUCAAAUUAUGGAGAUUGUAUUUCUCUUCUCGUUUGGAGGCUCAGUCUCUAAAUGAACAAAGGGACAAAUCAAUUUGACUAGAGCUCCACGCAUUAGCACCAUGGCUACCUUCAUCCCCCCGAAGGUCAACAAUUUUGUCGCCUGGGAUUAUGUGGUCUUUGCAGCACUCUUUCUGGUUUCUUCUGGCAUAGGAGUCUUUUUUGCAAUCACAGAGAGGAAGAAAGCCACUUCCAAUGACUUCUUAGUCGGUGGCAGGCAGAUGACUUGUGGACCAGUCGCUCUGUCACUCACUGCUAGUUUCAUGUCAGCAGUGACUGUGCUGGGAACGCCAGCCGAGGUGUAUCGGCAUGGAGCUUCCUUCAUUCUCUUCUUCCUCGCAUAUAUGUUUGUCAUCAUUUGCACUUCAGAACUUUUCCUACCUGUGUUCUACAGAUCCGGCAUCACAAGCACUUAUGAGUACUUGGAGUUAAGGUUUAACAAGCCCGUUCGCAUGGCUGCAACCAUGAUUUAUAUAUUGCAAACGAUUCUUUACACUGGAGUGGUCGUCUAUGCUCCAGCCCUGGCUCUCAAUCAAGUGACUGGAUUUAAUCUUUGGGGCUCAGUAUUUGCAACAGGAAUUGUUUGCACCUUCUACUGUACCCUGGGCGGAUUAAAAGCAGUUGUCUGGACAGAUGCCUUUCAACUGAUCGUUAUGGUGAUUGGGUUCGUAACAGUAUUGGUUCAAGGAACUAUUAAGAAUGGGGGCCUUACAAACAUUUGGGAAGAUGCCAAGAAUGGCUCACGCCUCACUAUAUUUGACUUUGAUGUCGAUCCCCUGAGAAGACAUACCUUUUGGACAAUUGCCAUAGGAGGGACAUUUACCUGGUUAGGAAUCUAUGGAGUCAAUCAGUCCACAAUGCAAAGAUGCAUUUCCUGCAAAACCGAAAAGCAUGCCAAGGCUGCACUGUAUCUAAAUUUACUGGGGCUGUGGGUCAUCCUGACAUGUGCAGUCCUUUCAGGAUUGGUGAUGUAUUCCCAUUUCCAGACCUGUGAUCCUUGGACGGCUGGUUUUAUUUCAGCACCUGAUCAGCUAAUGCCGUAUUUUGUUAUGAUCAUCUUUUCCACAACCCCUGGACUACCAGGAUUAUUUGUUGCAUGUGCCUUCAGUGGAACAUUAAGCACUGUGGCUGCAAGUAUAAAUGCUCUGGCAACGGUCACAUUUGAAGAUUUUGUCAAGCACUGCUUACCAAACCUAUCUGAACGUGCGAGCACUUGGGUCAGCAAAGGCUUAUGCAUAGUAUUUGGAGUGCUAUGUACUUCCAUGGCUGUAGCAGCAUCGUUCAUGGGUCCUGUUGUGCAGGCUUCACUUAGCAUUCAUGGGAUGUGCGGGGGACCUAUGCUGGGAUUAUUUACACUAGGGAUCAUUUUCCCCUGUACCAACUGGAAAGGUGCUUUGGGAGGUCUCCUUACUGGAAUCACCUUGGCAUUUUGGGUUGGCUUUGGAGCUUUUGUGUACCCUGCUCCAGCUGCAAAGGCCCUUCCAUUAUACCUUUCCACAGCUGAGUGCAUUGUCAAUAAUACAGAGACUGUACCCACUAUGUUUCCUACUUCAUCUCCCAUCAGGCCACACCUGGCAGACACGUGGUAUUCUCUCUCCUAUCUUUACUACAGUGCUGUUGGGUGUCUUGGAUGUAUAGCUGCGGGGCUUCUGAUCAGUUCGGUUACAGGUCCAAAUAAAGGAGAAGAUAUCAAGCCACUCUUAAUUCGCCCUGUCUGCAACCUGUUUUGCUUCUGGUCUCAUAAAUGUAAACACUUGUGCUGGUGUGGCGUGGACCACGAUGACAGCAAAGCACUCCACGAGGGAUCAGAAGACGAUCUGCAUAAAGGUCUUGGAAAGAAGGCAGAAGCAAAGGAUGCCCUUGCGAAUGGAUUCAAUAAAGAAAUGCUGAGUCACUUACCUGGUUACAACCCAAGUGAAAAAUCCUACACUAAUACAAGCAUAGAGACGGAAUCUUACUUUUAGGAUGUACAGGAAAAAGAUCAUCCUGCUAACCAUAGGAAUGGCAUGGAAUUGUCCAAACUUUAGGAAAACAAAUCAGUGGCACUACAAGUAGCCGAGGAGGCAUUUAAUUAUUAUUUAGUAGAGGGUUAGAAGCUGCAUUUAUUUUUAUUUUCAGAAGUCAUUUUAUAACACGGAAAUUCUUUCUAAGACUCAGUGGUGGUGAAUGUGGCGAGAGAAAAGAUGGAAAGACAUAUAUGUGUGUGUUUUUCAGGAAGAAUGGAACGUGCAGUUAACGCUCUAAAAAGUUUUUAUUUUUAUUUUAAUUCCCUUGUAUUUUUCGCCAGUGCAACUUGGGUAUUCAUCUUCCAUUGGUCCUAACAUGGAAUUCUAAAAUAUGAACUAUGUUACAGAUGCAUACUUCCUGUCCAAACAGCAGUGUCAUUGUAGAGUUUUUCCUCUGGAGUACCAUAGGUUGCCUAAUAAAGUACUUGAAGAAUUUGGUGUGAUUUAAAAUUCAUUAUGGAUUUUCCCAUUGUGGCUGAUCAGAGAAGCUGUGAAAAGAUCUUCAACGACUGACCUCUUUGGCAACAUUGUUUGUUUUAGGGGGAAAGGGGUGGCCUGAUUAUUCUAUGUACCCAUUUGUGUGAAUGCUCAGUAAUGCUGUGACAGGUUUUACUGAGAAUACUAAAAGCAGUGGCAAAGCUCUGCAGGGAAAUUUUGAAAUGUCCCCUUUCACACUGAUUUGCCCUGCCAUACAUGAAACAAUGGUUCUAUAUUUCUGGCCCAUUGUUAGGCCCCAGACUGGCAGGUCUCUGAUGCGGAGAGGGAGGAACCAACAGGAUUAGGAAGGGCAGCAGUGCAUACUAGGUCUGUGCCCAGAUCCAGACCCCAACACUACCUGUGCAAAGAAGCCCUGAGCCUUCAUUGGCCAGGAGCAAAUUGCACAACUGGUGCUGAAGUGGGACCUCCCAGAGGCAGCACCUUCAAGGUAGAUGCUUCUUCAUACAGGGGCCUCACAUAUCUCUGUACCUCUGCGGCUUUGCAGAUGUUUUGGCCUACAACUCCCAUGAUCCUUAGCUAACAGGACCAGUGGAAGAUGGCAAUUGUAGUCCAAGACAUCUGGAGAGCCGAAGUUUGGGGAUGCCUGUUGUGGAGCCAAAUUUUCUGCCUGGAACUGUCCAAGGUCCUGCAACUCCAACCUGACUUGACUUGCCACCAGUUGACAGACUAAGACAGGGGUCAGCAAACGUUUCAGCAGGGGGGCGGUCCACUGUCCCUCAGACCUUGUGGGGACCGGACUAUAUUUUGGGCAAAAAAUGAACGAAUUCAUAUGCUCCACAAAUAAC